AUGUACUCUGAUAGAGCCGAUUUCGAGAAACUAGAGGAUUGUCCUGUGAUCAACGGCCAUCGCGAUAGGAUAGUUGAAUACCAAACAAAGGACAGCAAGAAAGGCAUGAGGAGAGAAUUCCUCGAUAGUUCGUCUGUUGAGGGGAAGGAUUGGAUUGGUCAGUUGUCGGGGGAUCAAAUCAACGAGGGGAUGAAUUUGGCUGCUGGAUCGAGAAAGCGCCCUACCCGAUUACUGGAGUCAGGCGCCUCUUUUUCCACCAUCGGCGUUGCCGCUUGUGAGUUUGAUGAUUCUUCUUCAGAAGAAGACCGCCCUUCCACCUCAACCUCGAACCCAACUCGUCGGACUCACACUUUACCAGAUCUGGAUCUUCAUCUUUCUCCUAUGGAAGAAGAGUCAAAUUACGACCUCUAUAAUGAGCAUCGCACAACAUUGAAAAACAAAAGCAAGAGCGGUCGCUGGGAUAUUUUGCGAGAAGCCGGACAAGGCUGGUGGUCGUGCUCAGCGGAGGAUGAGGCUCGUCGGGGAGGGUCAGGCGUACGGUUGCCGGGCGGCGUGAGUUUGAACUCACCGGGAUUGGAUGCUCUUGCGGCAGGUGGCUCGCCAAAGAUGAAAGGAGAAUUAUUUUCUUCUCGGAAGAAUAAUGGCGAAGAGAGAGAAAGGAGUUACAAAAAAUAUGGGAACGUUUGA